AUGACCUCCGUUAAACUAGACGCUCCUGUUCCUCCUUUGAAGGAAGACGUGUUGGACCUUAUUGGUAACACUCCUUUGAUCAAAUUAAACAAGAUUCCUCAAUCUUUAGGCAUCAAGGCUAAAGUCUAUGCUAAAGUGGAAUUAUUCAAUGCUGGUGGUUCCAUCAAGGACAGAAUUGCCAAAAACAUGGUUUUAGAAGCUGAAAAAUCCGGAAGAAUAAAACCAGGCUACACUUUGAUCGAACCAACCUCGGGUAACACCGGUAUUGGGUUGGCCUUGGUUGGUGCCGUCAAAGGUUACAGAACCAUCAUCACUUUACCUGAAAAGAUGUCCAAUGAAAAAGUUUCCGUGUUGAAAGCCUUGGGUGCUGAAAUCAUCAGAACCCCUACUGAAGCCGCUUGGGAUGCUCCAGAAUCCCACAUUGGUGUUGCUAAGAAGUUGGAAAAGGAAAUUCCAAACUCGGUCAUCUUAGAUCAAUAUUCUAACGAAAAUAACCCAUUGGCUCAUUACUAUGGUACUGGUUAUGAAAUUUGGGAACAAACCCAAGGUAAAGUCACCCACUUGGUUGCUGGUGCUGGUACUGGUGGUACCAUCACUGGUAUUUCCAAAUACUUGAAGGAAAAGAACCCUAACGUUCAUGUUGUUGGUGCUGAUCCACAAGGUUCCAUCUUGGCCCAACCAGAAUCCUUAAACGCUUCCACUGAUCCAUACAAGGUUGAAGGUAUUGGUUAUGAUUUCAUUCCUGAUGUUUUAGACAGAAAGUGGGUCGACUCUUGGAUCAAGACCGACGAUGCUGCCUCUUUUAAAUUGGCAAGAAGAAUUAUCAGAGAAGAAGGUAUCUUGGUCGGUGGUUCAUCUGGUUCUGCUUUACAAGCCGUGGUUGAAAUUUCCAAGGAUUUAACCGAAGACGAUGUUGUUGUUGUCGUUUUCCCAGAUUCUAUCAGAUCUUACUUGUCCAAAUUCGCUGAUGACGAAUGGAUGAAAUCAAACAACUUUGAGGUUGAAGAAACCAACGCUGAAAACAAGACCGAUGCAUUUUUGGCCUCCAAGACCAUCAAGGACUUGGUUGCUGGUAAAGCUCCAGUUGUCACUGUCACUUUAUCUGACACUGUUGGUAAGACCUUUGACUUGUUGCAAUCUAACGGGUUUGAUCAAUUGCCAGUUUUGAACAAGACUGGUCACUUGGUUGGUUUAAUCACUUUAUCCAAGAUUUUGAAAUCGUUGUCCACCAAGAAAAUUCAAUUAACCAACUCCAUUAGUAAUAUUAUUAUUGAUUUCAGAAACUUGGAAAGUUUUGAAAAAUCCUUCACUAUUUCCCAAGAACCAGGAUUCACCAAGAGAAAGUACCACCCAAUCACUUUGGAAACUUCUUUAGCCAAGUUGAACAAGUUCUUUGAAACCAAUUCUAAUGCCAUUAUCACCGAUGAAAACUUGAAGCCAGUCCAAAUUGUCACCAAGGUCGAUUUACUUUCAUACUUGACCACCAACUUGGCUUUCUAG